GGUGUAAGAUACAUUGUGCUUACCUCAUACUUAACGUUCAUGCACCCUUGGAAGGCAGGAAGGGGGCUUCAAGAAAGCUUCGGCCAUGCUGACGCAAUGCAGCUACGAUCAGAGAUUACAUGUAGCCACAAUCGCACAAUCGGAGCUUGACGCGGUUUCCAUCUUCCAUCAAUCUUGGACGCGUCCAUCUGAAUUGAAUUUAAAGUGUUAUUUCUCAACUUCACAUACUCAAUGCUCAUAUUAGGUAAUUCCCAAUUUCCGAUCAUAGCACGUCAACUCGAAUCCGAUCGCGAGUAUGGCGUCGCAACAAGACCUUCAGGAGCUCAUUCGGCUUAUGACUAUCGGCAUGAGAGUUCCUAUGAAAGACGCUCUGGGUCGAAUCAAAGAACUCCAAGCUAAAAACCUCCGUAGUAUUCAACAGAUAGCUGAGUGCCCCCUUUCGGACGUCACCGCUGCUAUAAAGGACAACAGAGCUGCUCGAUCCCUCCAUAGUGCUUGUAAAGCCCGACUGAAGAAUCCGACCGCACCAUCGACGGCCAAGCGUGCUGGGUCUACCCUUGAAAACGCAUCCAAACGUGCCAGGCAGUCGAAUGAAAUAGGUUACAUUGAUGGACCAGAGCCUCUUGCGCCGCACGAACUUGAAGCGUCAUUCACCUUGCCUAUAGAAACAGACGAGAAGAUAAUUGCCGAUACCGUAAUCUUGACGAACCGAGCCCCGCUUGUCCUUGCUUUUGCCGUAGAACUACUGCGAUACACCAUGCCAGAGCAACCUCCUUCGAGUCGCUUAAGUCUAGCUCAGGCGGUCGUGAGCGCCAACUCGAGGAGUAAAGCAGUCUCGAUCGGUAUAGAAAAGGGACCCAGCGCCGAUGAUCAGGGUUGGGGACAUGGUCAGCCUAGGGUGAAAGUAAUGGGCCGUGAAGUCGCAGUGUUGAAAAGAGGAGGUUACGAGUGGAAAGGGGACGAAAAGGUAGAAGACCAUCCUAAGUCUGGAGAUCCUAUAGUUGGCAAUGCAGGCACUCCACCAAGAGCUACAGAAACUGGUGUUAACCAAGAUACAUCAUCAGGAUCUCCUGUUGGUCCCGUAUUGAACGCUUGGUCAGCUAGUCAACCCAUCACUUUGAAAGGAUCGACUUUCAUAGUUCGCGCCACGCAAAUCACGGGGCCUUCCCAGCGUCAAUCGAGUAUACAAUCGCUAUUUACGGCGGUGCCAUCUUUACAAAAUGCGACGCACAAUGCUUGGGCGUAUCGCGUUCAAGUACCGACAAAUUUAUUCGGAGCAACCACAAUUAGAGAAGAUUCGUUCGAUGACGGUGAAAGCGGAUGCGGUGACUUCUUGCUCAAGAACUUACGAGAAACAAAUACGAUUAAUACGCUUGUGGUGAUGACUCGCUGGUAUGGGGGCAUUAUGCUUGGGCCUGAUCGGUGGAGGAUAAUACGAAAUUGCCUCAAGGACGCACUGGCAGAACGCCUCCGUGUUACGGGAGAGCAAGCUGCAUUGGGUGGCGAGGCUGUGUGGGGGUUGGACCUUGAGGCCGCUAAAAAUAAACCUGAAGCCGCUGGCUCGGCAUCCAGUCGGUCUUACGAGGCAGGCGUAGUGGGAAUGCCCAUCCAUAGACCAGAAGCCGCGAAGGCAUAUCUUUUCAAGAGCUUUGCCGCCAGAGUUGAUAACCUUGAAGAUGGCGGCGAAGGUGCUGAUCCAGAUGUUUCUGCAGAUCACAAAGCAGAGUUGUCCACUUCUCGAAUUUCAACUCGAACGAGCCAAACAGCAAAAAAUACAUCAAAACGGAAGACAGCUAGAGCGUUAGAGCAAGAGAAAGAAGAGAAUGUCGCGAGGCUACUCGGCGCCAUAAGACUUCUAUUUGACAGCUGGGCAGGGCACCUCGGUACCAGCGAGCUUGACAGACGCGCAUGGGGUUGGUAUGUAGCAGUACGACCCGACGUUGAAAGUGGCCCUUCCGGCUGGGGGGCAAAGGGGCGUUUGAAGCUUGCCGACAUUUUAGCUUUACGGCGAAAGGAGGUAUAAAAUAAGAAUGCCCAAUAAAUGGAAAUGAUGGGGUCUUCAGCAGUAAGCGAAGUCCAAGGGUUGCCUUCGGAAUAAUGAUCAUAUAGGAAACCCAGGCGACGACGUUCCUCGGGGGUUCGUCGCCCAUGUCAAGAGCUAUGCGUCUCAAUAGAAAGAACUAUUCGCCCAAAGACGGUUGAGGAAUGCCCUAAUGAGCAGUUCCAUAGUCGCUUUAGCUCAGCAAUUAUGUGGGAUUAAUAUAUUAGCGUUCUACUUAGGUAUCUUACGGACAUAUACACCUAUAUAUCACGAGGCAGUUCCUAAGUAAUUGAUCAUACGAGGCACCUUGUUUAGCGGGGUGCUAGGAAGAGGUAAUGGCCCUCUCGUGCCGAUGGUUUACAGUCUGGGUAGCGUAGAUAUUUACCUCUAUAUUUCCUUUACCUACCUAGGUACCUAGGCAUGCAGUCACUCGCAUGAAAGAAUAAAAUGAGCACCCAAAAUAAAGACUA